UUGAAACUUCAGGACGAUGAGUUCUGGAAUCCGCGACUUCUACUGGACAAUGCUCAGGGCGAACCAAUCGAGAUUGUCAGUCACGAGGUCGAAUUCGUUGAGCCCGAUUUCGAAGCCUAUUUGGUGGAGAAACGACGCAUUAAGGGUGUAUUUCACGAAACCCUCGAGCUCAAACAUUUCCCUUUCGAUGUUCAGGAUUUGUCCGUCACCGUUACCUGUGAUAGAACAGUGGAAGAGGUGGUCCUGGUCCCCUCUCCGACAGAAGUCAGUCAGGUUGAUCGACGAGGUGCUUCGGAUAGUCAGGAAUGGAAAAUUUUCCAUCAUGUUGAUUGUCAGAUUCAACUAACUCAAUGGAAUGUAACUCACGCUCACGGUGGCGCUCAUGGAGGCGAUUUGGAAUUGGGUAAAGCGGUUGUCGAAUUGUUUUUGUUAUUUAACAUUAGUGGGUUUGGUCACUGGUAG